AUGGAAGCACAGAGAAACAUAACACAGGAUCGAGUAGAAGAACAAGAGGAAAUGGUACCUAAAAAAAAAUACAGCAAUUUGGUGAAGAUAAGCAAAAUGGAUAUGGAAGAAAAGGUAAACAAAAAUGAAUUGUUAGGAGAAAAAAAGGAAGAGAGAGAAUCAUUGGAUUUUCUACCACUUAUAGCGGAUGAAAGGACACAACUUGAAUUGAAAAAACUUCGAGAAGAAAUUUGCAACUUUGAUGAUGGUUCAGACGAUGUGAUCAUGAGUUUAUCUAUGAGUAAAACACCAUGCAAAAGAUAUCAUCAUGAUGAAGAGGAGAUAAUGUGUGAAAGUGCAAAAUAUGUAAAGACAUAUAGUAGUAAGAAGAGAGUAUACACACCUAGAAAAACAAGUAAGAAGAAUUUAUUCCAUUUUGAAGAUGAAGAGAAUGGAAGAGGAGUAUCUAUGUUUAGCACUCCUAAGAAGGUUUAUACAAAUAAAAGAAAAAUAAAUGAAAUGAUGAAUGUUCAUCAUAACGAGCAAGAAACAAAUAGGAGUGUAACAAAAAGAAAAAAAAAAAAAAAAAAAAAAUCAAUUUAUGAUGAGUUGGUACACUUAUACACACCACGAAGAGAGAGAAACAAAUGCAUGGAUUUAAAAGAACCCACAGAUGCAGAAAUAGCGGGAGCAAUAGCAGAUGCAAAAAGUGCAGAUAAAUGGCAAAUGCACGAAUCAAACAUGAAGGAAUUGCCUGAGUACAUAAAGAACGAAUAUAUUUCCUAUUUGUGUAGUCCACUUAAGAGAAGUGAGCGAUUGAUAAAAUCGAAGAUAAACAAAAUGCUUCAUGAAAAUAUUGAACAGGAGAGACAAGUGAAUUCAGAAAGAGGAGAAAAAGAAAUGAACAGUAAUAGUAACACAAGCUAUACAUCUAACUAUUCAGAAAUAUCAAAGAAUGAAUAUAUUCACUGUGAUUUUGAACCCGAAGAAGAAGAAAAAUGUUGGGAUGAUUACUAUACACAAGGAAUUGAUAAAGUAAGACCAUUCACAGGUAUAACAACAGAAUUCGCUGUUGAUAUGAUUACAGAAUUGUUAAAAUCUAAAAUUAAGAAAAUUGUUAUCGAUGAGAAGGAAUACUUUUCUCCAAUUACAGAAAAUGACACGAUUAUGGAAAUAGGACAUGGGAAUCAUCCGUUGGCUGUUCAGAUGUAUGAGAAAUGGGGUACAGUUGGAAGAUAUAUAGGAGUUGAAUUUAGUGGAUUAGCUAGUAGAGAAGCAUUAAAAUGUGAAAAAUUAAAAAAUUUAUUUUUAAAAAGAAAAGUAGAGUUUAUUAAAGUAUUAAGUAUGAAAUAUUUUAAAGAUGAUUCUCUGAAUGGUAUUGUUACAGAAUCAAAUAUUUCACAAAGUAAUACAAAAACAAAUUUUAUAAAAUCGAACUCAUUUAAAUACAUUUUUGCUAAAAGUACUUUGGAUUACAUUACUUGUCGAAUGGAUAACAUUGGAAAUAGUGAUGAUUGGGAAGAGGAUCUUCAGAUAUCUCCAUCUGUUGUUGAUAUGUUUAACAGUUUAUCAGAAUCUUUGCAAAAUUGUAAAAGUAAUAGUAACAGAUGUAGUAACUCAUGCAUUAUAUUUGUUGAACCUAGCAACUCGUCCAAAUUCAGGGAUCAUAUUCUAACCAUUUUUAAAGCUAUAUAUACUGCCACUUUUAAAUAUGACAGUGCAGCUAAAUUUUUAAGAUUAAGCAAAAUUAUAAAUAAUAACAAAGCAUGUGGAUAUAUGAUUGAAAAGAGGAAUGAGGUGUAUCAAGACUUUGAGCACAUUCGACAAGAUUUUCUAAAACUCAUUUUAAAAUCUUCUGUUACAAAAAAUGUUGAUGAGGUGGAUUGGUACCUACCCAGCACUGCACCUAGAAAGUGGCUUAGCACAAAUUCGAAUCACAUCGAGUACUUGGUUAAGCUGGAUAACCACACGUUUUGA